GUGGUGAGAGGUGGGUGGAGGGGGAACAAGCGUGUAUCCUUCCCUCUGUCCCUGCAGCGGCGUUGAAGCUGAGCCAGGAAAAGGGGAAGGGCCUCCUUCUCCUCCUCUGUCCAGCUGACAAAAACAGCUGCCCGGGCCAGGAGCCACAGGCUGGAGCCCGAUCAGAGGAGGACGAGUGCACACAGAGGGACAGACAGACAGAAGAAGAGGAGGAGGAGGAGGGAAGACAGAAGGAGAGUAAACAGAAGGAGGACGAGGAGGAGGACAUCCCCUCCUCGGCUGGGAGCCUGUCCACCUAUAUGGGUUGCGUCCUGAGCUCGGACUGGUGCGGGGAGGAAGAGGUGCAACCGGUACCGGUGGUCAGGAGCUCGUCUAUGAAGAGAAGGAGCCUGGAGAGGAGUGACAGUGGCAGGAUGAGGCUCAUGAAGGCGGGGAAAGGAGAGCCCCACGUGUUCAAGGAGAAGACCUUCAAGAAGAAGCGUCAGUGCAGCGUGUGUCGACAGAGCGUGGACCACGUGGGCUCCUUCUGCAGAGUAUGCAAGACGGCCACCCACAGGAAGUGCGAGGUCAAGGUGACCUCUGCGUGCAUCCCGGUGCCUUCCAAUGAUCUGCAGCGUCGGGGGACGGCACCUUCUCGACACACCCAACACCUGGGAUCCACCAAGUCUCUGACCUACACCAAACAGAGAAGCACUCUGCCAAGGAGCUUCAGCGUGGACCGUGUGAUGGAGAGAGUGAUGGAGCGUCACUACGACUUCGACCUGACCUACAUCACCGAGAGGAUCAUCUCCGUCUUCUUCCCGCCGAAGCUGGAGGAGCAGCGAUAUCGGCUCAACCUGAAGGAGGUGGCGGCCAUGCUCACGUCCAAACAUCAGGACAAGUUUCUGCUCCUGAAUCUCUCCGAGCGACGCCACGACAUCACCAAAAUAAAUCCAAAGGUUCAUGACUUUGGCUGGCCUGAUCUCCACGCCCCACCGCUGGAUAAGAUCUGUGCCAUAUGCAAGGCCAUGGAGACGUGGCUGAUCUCUGACCCCCAGCACGUGGUGGUCCUGCACUGCAAGGGCAACAAAGGGAAGACAGGAGUGAUUAUUGCGGCCUACAUGCACUACAGCAAGAUCUCAGCAGGGGCGGACCAGGCUCUCAGUACUCUUGCCAUGAGAAAGUUCUGUGAAGAUAAGGUGUCCUCGUCUCUCCAGCCGUCCCAAAACAGGUAUAUCUAUUAUUUCGGGGGUCUUCUGUCUGGAGCGAUCAAGAUGAACAGCAGUCCUCUGUUCCUGCACCAAGUUCUCAUCCCAUCACUGCCCAACUUCCAGGGUGAAGGAGGUUACCACCCCUUCUUGAAGAUCUACCAGGCCAUGCAGCUGGUCUACACAUCAGGCAUUUAUGACCUUCAAGGCACCGGGGGGAGGCGUCUGUGUGUGUCUGUGGAACCGGCGCUGCUGCUGAAGGGUGACAUCAUGGUGAAAUGCUACCACAGGAGAGUCCAGAGCGCCGACAGAGACACGGUGUUCCGGCUGCAGUUCCACACGUGCACCGUCCACGGAUCCCAGCUGUGGUUUGGCAAAGGCGAGCUGGACGAAGCUUGCAGUGAUGAGCGUUUCCCAUCUGACGCCACAGUCGAGUUUGUCUUUUCCUCUGGACCUGAGAGAGUCAAAGGUCGCGAGUACCAGAAAAACGACCCGGCUGUGACGGUGGACUACAACACCGCUGACCCAGUGGUGCGCUGGGACUCCUACGAGAACUUCAAUCAGCGUUACCAGGACAGUCUGGAAGAUAUUGCCCACACCAGAGGUCCACUAGAUGGCAGUCUCUACGCUCAGAUUAAGAAGCGCCGUGGCGCCGGCUCUGGUUCUCUCAGCUCUACUAACGGCAGCAGCCCAGGAGCUGGCCUUUGUGAGGACAGGCACGAUCAUCUCAUCCCUCACGGUUCCGACUCCGCCCUUUCAGGCCAUUCCAUGCAUUUGAACCAAUCAUCGGUCCACUGUGACCGGCAGGAGGAGCUUGUCCGUCCCCCGCCUCCGACUAGACAGGAGCGGGAGGAGCUUGAACGUCUUCUUGGCGGCAUCGAGGGAAAUCGCGACGGAGAGCGAGAGACGGCGAUCCUGGAUGACGGAGAUUCUUUGCCCUCGGAGCGCAGUGGCACGCUGAGGCUUAGUCGCUCGUGUUCUUGCCGCGACGGCUACCGGUCCCAGCGCUGUGCAGAACCUGGCUGUGACCGCACCCUCCUCAUGCCGAACGGUUACUGCCUGGACCGGGCCCCCGGCACCAACGGGCACCAUGGGGCGACUCCUUCCGCCAGCCCAAACCAGACUGCUCCGCCAUCACACAUGGAUCUAUGCCAGCACUACCACCAGUCUCUUCCUCCUCCAGAUUUGGUGUGGGACCGACAGAGUGGCCCGCCGCACUACCUACACCGCUCCUGCACGGAGGCUCCCUCUUCCCGACACAUGUGUCCAUACCCGUCCCCGGAUCUCACCCCACUCUCUCACCACCCUCUGUCUGCGCCGGGUCGCCUCUGCUGUCGAGACGAUGAAUACGGCCCCUUCCAUCACCCUCCUCCGCCUCAUAGCCACCACCAUCCCCACGCACACCGCCCCAAACCAUCCACCAGCCCCACCUAUCAUGACAUCAUGCUGAUGGACGGUCUGCCGGCCCCUGGCUGCCCUUGCCGGGACUGUGCAAUCAGGAGAGACGACUAUCACGGCAUGAGGUUGGACCGAGGAGACAGCUUCCACUGGGAUAGAGAGGUGGAGCUUCAGCAAAGGGAGGUGGAGCUUCGGAGAGUCAGGGACGCAGAGUUACCCAGAGGGUCAGAGGUCCACUGGGAGCGGGAUCCUGGACCGAGGCGAGGCAGAGAGCUGUCCCUGCACUGGGAGCACGACAGGGCGGCAGAGCUGCAGUGGGAGAGGGACAGAGAAGCCGAAUAUUGGCACAGGAGGGCCACCGUCGCCGCAUACGGCCCACAGGGUCACGACCUUCCAGCGUUCACUUUCGACCCGUUGCCAUCGGGUCACCCAGCGUAUCCAGAGGCCUCGAGGUCUCACGCUCACUCUCACCUGGAUCUGAAGUACAGCAGCAGCAGCAGCGGUUACCAGACGCCUCGGCAGGUCUGCCCUUGCUCGCCCUACCAGCCCUCGCCGUCUGAGAGCAGGGGCUAUGCUUCAGGCUACCAGUCUGAGUCCACGUCCCCGCUGCCUCCAGCCUCCUCCAUGACGGGGCCCUGCAGCCACAGCAACGGGCCGGCGGAGCGAAACCAGAAUCACCAUCACCAUCCAGACUCGCAGCAGUCGUACAGCUCUGACUCACACACCGAUGGCCUUCGUAGCUCUGGUGAAAGUGUGGGCUGGAGGGAUCACAUCACCCACGGAUCGUUUAGGCGGGUCCACAGAGAUGCCCACGCCGCAUGCUCCACGCCAUCUGACAUGUCUGGACCGUCCACUCCUGUCCACACCAGCAGCCCUUUGCGCACAGAGGAAAGCCCCAGUCCCGGAGGAAGGGAGGACGAGAUUCGGACAACCGACAUCAUCGAUAGCAACUACGAGGUUUCCCAGCCGCAGGACAGACAAUAUCGAGCUGAUAACGUCAUCCAGGAAUCCUCGGAGAGCCAAAAAAGUAGCAGCACAGAGCCGUCGUCCGCCAAAGACAUGCAGUCGCACAGGACCACGACUGUUCAAACCGAAGGCCACAAUCACUGCACUGCACAGACGGACCAGUGUCCUACAACACCCGUCCAGCAGCACCGUAGCCCAGACAUGCCCUCGGCUUCUUCAUUUGACUCUGUGACACCUUCCACAUCAAACCAGGGACACUGCCAGGCACCGCCGUCUCCUGUUCGUGUCCUGCCUUCAGUUGACACACACCCCCAACCUGGACCUCUCACACUUCAGACCUCACACCCUUCAGAGGCUGCGGCUCUGCCUUCCACUGUGGCACCGGCAGCAUCCCAGCCUCAGAGCCAGACCCCGACCCAGGCCCCUGGUUCUGAGAGAUCAUCUCCGACCAGGAAAGCUCUCCCCGAAAGUCUGAAACCCUCCAACAGCCAAGCCCCUCCCACCCUAGCUUCACCAUCAUGUCAGCCAGCAUCCAGCAGCAUGGAGGGUUCCCCUGUCUCAGACACCCCUGUCCCUGGUUUCGCCACCCUGGGUAGGAGGUUGAUGUUGAGUGGAUCUGACUCCCAACACCUGAACCAUUUCCAGCAUCAGGUGCCCCCACACCAUGCUUACCCAGCCAUGGAGCACAGUCCUGCUCUGGACAGGAGGCCCUGCUACUCUGGUCACACACCACAGCUUCACCCGUCUUCCUACUCCAACUACUCCACCAUCUCCAUCCCCCUGCCGCACCCACAACCUCCACUGCCGGAGAAGCGCCACCCGCCCGCCCAGGCGGUCUCGCCCAGUAACGGGACGGGGACUCUGAGGUCAGCUGAGGGCCAUGUGGCUCACUCUGCCUCCAGCUCCUCCCAGCAUCACCACCAUGUCACGUUCUCCCCUGAGGUGGGGGAAAUUGCGCUUCCUGCAGACCACAGCGUGGAGUCGGACAACGCAAACAGGGUCAGUGUGAAGUUUGUCCAGGACAGUUCGAGGUUCUGGUACAAGCCUGGUAUCUCCAGAGAGCAAGCGAUUGCAGCACUGAAGGAGAGAGAGCCAGGAACUUUCCUGAUCAGGGACAGUAAUUCUUUCCAGGGAGCUUACGGCUUGGCCCUGAAGGUGGCGACGCCUCCUCCCAGUGUGAACAACCACAGCAGCAAAGUGAGUGAUCCUCUGGAACAGCUGGUCAGACACUUUCUCAUAGAAACGGGCCCUCGAGGAGUCAAGAUUAAAGGAUGCCAGAAUGAGCCCUACUUUGGGAGUCUGUCUGCGUUAGUCUACCAACACUCCAUCACACCCAUUUCUUUGCCGUGUGCUCUGAAGAUCACAGAAAAAGAUCUGAUUGGUGAAGUGCAGGAGCUUCAGCCAGUGAGUAACAUCAGCACGGCUGCUGACCUGCUCAAACAAGGAGCAGGUGAGUUUUCCCCAUUUCAUGUCGGCGUGGGUUUCCUGGCCGCCACCUGCUCCGCGUCUGAACAUAAGCAUAAUCGGAGGCGAUAA